GAAAUAAUUCGAAAUGUCAAAAAAUCAAGAGAUAAAAUAAAAAUAAUAGAGGAGUGAAGAAAUUUGUCAACUUUUCUCUGUGAAAAUCCAUUUCCAAUCUGGAAAACUUCUAUCUAUGCGAAUAUUUAUCUUACAAAUGCUGUGACUUCUGUGGUAAGCACAGUGUGUGAAGUGAAUGCGAAUCAUCUCGCGCCAUGAAUUGAGUGCCAAAAAGGGAAAGUGAAGGAAAUCAAGUGCAGGAAGUCCAAAAGGUGGGGGUCGGAAGUGUGUGGAGUGAGUAGUGAUUUGUGUGAGCACUCGUGAUAAGAUGGGGAAUAAGAAUUCGUGCUGCAGCUACGCUAGUCCAACGCCCGCAAGAAAGACACAGGCUGAUCCGGAGACGCCACAAUUUGACUGCAAUAUCCCAAACAGCGAACCCAAUCUGCCCCAUAUCUCAGAGCGGGAAACAGGAGAUGGGGAUGUGGAUCCCUCGGUGGAUCCAUCGGCAGCCACAAUGUUUCUUGAACGAUCGAAACAGUGCCUGGAAAAUGGGAUCACACGCAAAAAGUCUCAACAUCAAAUUGCUCCACAGACUGGAGGAUUAAAAAAAAGUAGCUCGUGUUCCACGAUCUACCUCGACGACAGUACAGUAUCGCAGCCAAAUCUCAAGAAUACUGUAAAGUGCGUCUCCCUUGCGAUUUACUAUCACAUUAAGAAUAGGCAGUCGGAGAGACGACUGGAUAUUUUCGAUGAAAGACUACAUCCAUUGACGAGAGAUCCCGUAUCAGAGAAUUAUGAUAUGCACAUACCCGAACACCGUCAGAUAUAUAAAUUUGUACGGACACUUUUUAAUGCUGCUCAACUUACAGCAGAGUGUGCCAUCAUCACGUUGGUGUACUUGGAGCGCCUCCUCACGUACGCUGAACUCGACAUUGCUCCGUGCAAUUGGAAACGAAUAGUCCUGGGAGCGAUAAUGCUCGCGAGUAAAGUGUGGGACGAUCAGGCGGUGUGGAAUGUAGACUACUGCCAAAUUCUCAAAGAUAUUACAGUGGAGGACAUGAAUGAACUUGAGCGUGAAUUUUUAGAGCUUCUUCAGUUCAACAUUAACGUCCCAUCGUCUGUGUACGCCAAGUACUACUUUGACUUGCGAACACUGGCUGAGGCGAAUGACUUAUCCUUCCCCUCUGAACCGCUCUCAAAGGAACGUGCCCAGAAGCUCGAAGCAAUGUCCCGCGUGAUGCAGGACAAAGUAACUGCGGAGGCCCUCAAGAAUGGCAUAAAGAAGUGGUCAUCAAUGGAUAACAUUAACAGUCAAGGACAAGGUGGAGCACGCCGGAGUGUUGCGAUUCUGUCGUGAUUCCUCAAUGUAACCCAGGUACAGCCUUUUUUCAUGCAUUCUCUGGCAAUUGCCUUACUUACGAGCGCAAAAUAGAGGAUGCUAAAGUGAAAGAGAGAGAGAAAAAAACUUAACGUGAUUAUGAUUCAUUGAUACCGUAAAAAAAGAAAUCUUCUUAUACUAUAUUUAAUAGAUUUAUCACAAUUGCAUUAGCAUUCCUCGAAGUUUGAUAUUAAAAAAAAAAGGAAAAGUUUAAAGCAGCAGAACAUUUUUUGUAGAAUGUGCCGACAGAUGGAUGCAUAAAAUUGUUCAGCAACAUUUUUUCUGCUACAAAAGAUGGUUUUUGCAAUAAAAAAAACAAAUUUGAAUUUUUAUUGCUUGCCCUGCGCGAAAGGCAAACGUUGCUGUGGGAAUUUUAUCGCGGUCUCUUUUGUCUGCGAACGCCUCAAAAGGAAAGUUUAACUGCAAAUUUUUUUGUUCAAUUCUUAUAAAACAUUUUGUUUACUGCGUUGACUGCAUAUGGUGUUCAAGUGCUUAUUCAGAAGAGGUACAAUUUUGUUCGGUAAAUACUUUACCAUCGUCUUUAAUUCCGCAAGUUCAAAUAUUUUUUUCGAAUUUACCUAAAAGUACUUUUUUUUUAAAAAUAAGCUUGACUUUCUUGUUUUAAGUGAAGUCUUUUUUCCGAUUUAUGAAAACUUUGAAUGAAUAGGAAUUUAUAUCUCCGUAUUUCUUAGAAAAUUAAUAAUGAUUAAAUUUCAUUGCAGAGAAGAAAAUCAAUCAUUUUCUAGUGAAAGAAAUAAUUUUAAGAAAAAUUUUGAGAUUGCCUUUUUAUGAUAAUAUUUUUAUCAUUUUAGGAAGUGAAUCAUAUAGUCAGAAACUUUUUUUUUAUUUUUCAAUGGUUUAUGUGAAUCAAAGUCUUAUCAAAUCUCUCAAGAAUGUACUGAAAAGUUUAAAUCUAAUGUGGAACUUUACGUUCAUUAUGGUUCAUUUUUUAAACCCACAGACAAUGUGCAUUUUAUCGCGCAUAGAUUUUGCUGCUAUUUAUGAUGUAUCAUUAAAAAAUGGUGAUGCUGUCCAAUUUCUAAAAAUAUUGUCUUUGCAUUAACAUAUGCCUAAAAAAGGGAUCCCAUGCAUAAAUCUUUUUCCCGUUUUGCAUUUCAGAAAUAUAAAGAAAAAAAACUUGAUUGUUUUUCGCAAAACUUCGAGAAAGUCCAUAAAUCAAUAUGCAUAUACGAAGGAGCACGAUCGGCUAAUUGAAGGAUAAAGAAAAAAAAAAGAAGAAUAAAUCUAUAAGUACCAAAGUAACACUAGUGAAUUACAUGUGUAUUGAUUAUAUGAUGGAGAAGGAUGGAGAAUCUUUAAAAAGAAUUUUGCAUGUAAAAUUUUUUCAAUUUUUAUAUUGAGAGAGAAUUAAGGAAAAAAAAGUGAGAUAAAAAAUAUUAUAUAAAUGUGAAGGAUUUUGUGGUGGGAGAAAGAAGAUGGAAGGAAACGACGAAUGAAUCAAAAUUCAUAAAUUGGACUAUAUGCAUGUCCAGGAAAAAGACAUGAGACUGCUUGGAAAGUGUCAAUUUGAAAAUGAAUUAUUGUUUUGCAUAAAAAAAGGAAAAUACCCCCAAGUGUCAUUUUGUCUCAUAUUUUUGUAAAGUUUUCAUUUUCUCUGUUUAAUUCCGUUAAGACGGAUUAAAAGAUCAUUUAAUGACACAUAUUUAAAUUAUUUUGUAUAAUCAUUUCUUUCCAUUGAAAUAAAAAAAACAAUGAUUGUAAUAUUUGUAGUUAGUUUUGUGAAAGGAUAAGCAAGAUGGAAAAAAAAUACAAGAAAGCAUAAAAUGAAAUAGAAAUUAGUCUAGGAUGAUAUAGGAUUUAAAAUAAUUUCACAUCUUCCACAACAGAAGGAUACAGAUUACAAGAGGAAAAAAAUAAAGAGAUAAAUGAAUGAAAAUACAAGCAAGGCUUUUCUUUUAUUUUUUUUAAACUACAACGGGACCAAAUUGGGAAAAAUUCUUCCUCUAGCGUAAGACGCGAAAUAUUAAAAUUUAAAAUAUAACAUUCUUAAGAAGUUUUGUACUAUUUUUUCGCAUUUUUGAAAAGCAUGCAAAAUAGCCACGUUGUUUUCAAAAUGAACCAUCAUCGGUAAUAAAAUAUUAUCAAAUCAGAGUGUAUUUAUUACAAUUUUAUUGACUUCCCAUAAACACACUGCUUAAAUAAUCGCAUUUCUUAUGAUAAUUUUAUCUCUUAUUGCCAAUUUUAUUGCUGUGCUUUCAGCAAACUUCCUAAAUAAAAUACGAAAUCAUUCAUGAAAAUAUGUCACACAGAGUGUUGGAUUUUUUUUUGUGUGCAACCAGCGAUUAUAUACUGCAACUGAUUUACUUUGGACUAUCUCCCCGUAGAAGAUUGUAAAAUACUAAUCUCAUUUACAAAAUAAAUUCACUGAACUUUAUGUAAACACAGUGUGAAAUUUAUUUAUAAAGAUUAAAACUCUGAUAAGACUUUAAAAAUUGUUAUUCCCGAAUUCUCAUAAAAUAAAGUAAAAUUUCUUGUUGUUUAAACUGUGGGGGGGGGAGUAAAAAGUAUUUGACCUUGAUUUAUUCCACACAUACGGAAUGUUUUUAGGCACGUUUCAAGGUUUAACUGAUAAGAAAUAGAAUAUAGUGUUUAUUGCCCUCUUGUUCACAAAUAUGUACAUUAUGGCAAUUAGCAAAACUAUCAAGAAUCAUGAGAUUACCAAAAUACAGAUACAACGUGCCCAAAGUUCAUUAAAAAAUAAUUUUAGUCUAAUUAAUUUCCCAAAAAUUAGGUAAAAAAAUUACAUCUGUCUGUUUUUUAAUAUUAUCAUUUUUUUAUUUGUCCAAACUUCAAUUAAAUAAAAAAGAACUUUGGAACUCUCGACAUUCAACUAUAAAAAUACAAAUUUAGAGAAAAAAAAUCCUUGGCUUAAAAACAAAGGAAACCUCAAAUUUUUAUCACACAUAAAACAUUUUUUAAUUUAAUAUGAAUUCUUAUUAACAAAACAAGGCUAGUAAGUCAAAAUGUGUGACGCAAAUAGCUUCAACAAGAAAGAAAAUAUAGGAGCUACUUAAAAUAUUUUUUUUUUUCAGGAAUUUCAACCCUUUUAUUUCAGAAAAUCCUUCUUAUAAUUUAUUCAACAUUUUCCAUUGAUUACCGAUUUGAUUUCUAAAUUUAUAAUAAAAACUUUUACAUUUUCUCAAUUGAAUAGAAUACAUUCCCAACAUAAAUCGGAAAUAUUUUUAAUCUUUAAUGUUUUUUUUUAGUACUUCAACUAUAAUAAUUUUACAUUGUUCUUCGAUCUUGCAAGGAAAUACAAUAAAAAUUACCCAUAGAACAGAUUAACUGUCAAUUUCAUAUGUAUGGGGAGAUUAAUUAAGAUUUUCCAGCGAAUUAAAUUAUUACAACACAUACAUGAGAGAGAUAAUCUUAAGAAAAAAAGGCGGGAAAAUUUUUCCUUCUGGAUUGCUGUGAAACAAUAUUCUCAACAUCAACUCUCAGCUCAGCUGCCACGGAUUAGUCACAAAAUCACAGUCCUCGUGAAAUGUGUGCUUGUGAAGUUCUUUGUGGAAAAUUGUGGAUCGCAUGAGGAAGUUUUAAUUGCUAAAAGGAAAAGUGGGAAAAAUUUUGUCUAUCUACGGACUCGUCAGUAGGAGUGUGUUGAAUGCAAAUUUUACUUCCUGCUUUUUUGUGUGCGUGGAAAAAAUAUUUUUUUUUUUUCAAUCUUCCCGUUUGUGGAGCAGAAAGAUGCUGGAAAAAGUGAUCACGUUGAGUGUGGAUCAAUUGAAAUGUUUCGAUGAGUUGCGAUUGAAGCUUCAAGAUUGCCCCCUACUCGUAAUUCGCACUGACAAUGAAUUCCUAUAUAAAUUCCUCUGUCUCAUGAAUUGGGAUAUUGAGAAAACAUUCGAGCGAAUUGUAGCAUUUUACAAAUUUAGGAAAGAUAAUGCAAAGUACUUCCUCUUUGGCCCAAUUAGUCUCCUGGAAAAGAUGAUAAAGACAAAUGCUAAAUUUCUUCUCGAUAAACCUGAUAGAUAUGGACGAUGGGUCUACGUUAUAAAAGUUGCACGAUACGUGGGUGCAAAUAAUGUCUAUGAAAUAGCACAAUUGGACGAUUUGUGGUUUUCUGCAAUUAUCGAUCAUCCAAAUACGAUUAAGAAUGGCGUAUCCGUCUUAAUUGAUGCCAAAGAUGUCCCUCUGAGAUUGGUUUCAUGGAUAACACCAAAGCAUUCGAAAAUAAUGUCACAAAAAUCCGAGAUUGCACCUCUUCGUAUCACAUAUCACAUUGUGAAUUCAUCGAAAGCUCUGAAUAUUGGUGUUAAAUUGGUAUUCCCUUUUCUUUCGGCCGAUGCCAAAAAGACGAUUCACUUUCAUUACUCGGACUGGGAUUCGCUACACCAAUGGAUUGGAAAAGAAGUCCUCCCAGUGGAGUACGGAGGUGUUGUAACACAAUUGGACUAUGAAAAGCUAAGGGAAAAGAUUUAUAACAAUGAGGAUAAAAUACUCGAAAAUAUGACACAUGGCUUUGUGGAUCCUGAACCUGAGAAUUGGGAUAACAGAUGCUCGUGAUGCCAUUUAUGCCGAAGGAGCUGCAAAGAAUUCCUCAGAGAUUUGUUCGGAAUUUGUUUUUCAUACAAUAAAAGUCCAUUUUAUUUUA